AGAGAAUCUGACAAUGGUGGUUUUCAUAAUUACAGUUGUUGCAGACCACUACACUUUUGGUUAAUAAACACGUUGGAUCGGACAUCUUCUUAUAUCCACACCCACCUGAUCGUUUCUGUCACUCUGAACUCACAUAUAUCCAUUAUGGCGACUCUUACGGUUCCUCCUACACCGGUUAAUCCCAGGGAAGACGCCAUUCAAUUACAUAACGCUUUCAAAGGAUUUGGGUCUGAUACUGCGACAGUGAUUAGUGUUCUUGCUCAUCGAGAUGCGACCCAGCGGGAGCUUAUAAAGCAAGAAUACCUGACAAUGUAUUCGGAAGACAUCCUUACACGUUUGACUAACGAACUUAGUGGCAACUUAGAGACUGCAGUUCUGCUUUGGAUGGAUGAUCCAGCAGGAAGGGAUGCCAAAAUACUAUCGCAGGCAUUGACCCAAGAAGUCGUCAAUCUUGAAACUGCAACUGAAGUCAUAUGCUCUCGAACUUCUUCCCAACUACAGGCUAUCGAGCAAAUUUACCGUGCAAAAUAUGGGACUUAUCUUGAACAUGACAUCGAACUGCAAGCUUCUGGGGAUCAUAAAAAGAUUUUGCUUGCAUAUGUACGCAUACAGCGUUAUGAAGGCAUGGAAUUUGAUAGGGAACUGGCUGCAAAAGAUGCCAAGGCAUUGUUCAAGGCUGGUGAAAAGAAACUUGGAACCGAUGAGAAGGUUUUUGUGCGGAUUUUCAGUGAGAGAAGUCGAGCACAUUUGCACGCGGUGAACUCAUAUUACCAUGAAAUGUAUGGAUCGCUCGAAAAGGCUAUAAAGGGUGAAGCUUCAGGGUUAUUUGAACGUGCCCUUUUAGCUAUCUUACGAUGUGCUGAAAAUCCCGCAACGUAUUUUGCAAAGGUGCUGCGCAAGUCGAUGAAUGGAUUAGGGACUGAUGAUUCGACGCUUAUAAGGGUGAUUGUAACAAGAACUGAGAUCGAUAUGCAAUAUAUAGAGGCCGAGUAUCAUAGAAAGUACAAGAAGACAUUGAAUGAUGCAGUUAACGCUGAAACAUCUGGGAAUUACCGGACCUUCCUGCUCUCGCUUCUCGGCCCAAAUCACUAGGCUCGUGUACAAUUGUUCGUGUGUUUAGUUGUUCAUGCCGUAUGGUAAUUUAAGGUUGCGAUCGAUCGAUGUGUGUUUGUAUAAUAAUUCAGAUCUUGUAUUUUUUAUCGUAUGUGUUUCCAAGAUACUACAUUUUCCGAUCUC